CAAACGGUAGCAGUUCCCGGAAGUGAAAGAAGCACAUUCAGCACAUGCUAGUAGCUGGUGCAUGUGAUGCUUUUGCAAUGGCAAGUAGUCACGCAACAUCUAGCCGUUGCUAAAUCAACGAGCGUUGUCUAUACUUGACAUUGUCGGAUAUAACUAUUCAUUAUACAUUUAGUGAAGAAACAACAGCUUGUCGGCUAGCCAGCGAUGAGCCCUACUCCAACCCUAAUCUACUCCUCUCUUGACAGUGUACAUUUUGAGACUUUGCUACAGGUGAUCACUUCCCAGGGAUCCCCCCGAUUGCCCUGUACAAUCUACUUCAGCAAAUUUGGGAAGAGUUACAUUUUUUGUAAUUUGCAGCAUAGCGUUACACACAAUGAACGGGACAGUCUCAUUUGUAUAUUUAAAUCGAUCGUCUUACCGAGUUAAAACCGAGGUAAUUAUGAAAAUGUAAUCGUCGCCGGUUGUAGCCUAGAUCCUACAGACAUUAAGAGGCUGGGACGUUGGGAGAACACAUGUAUAUGGUUGUCCGUAGUAGCUGGGGGGCAUGGAGAAUGUUACUGGUCCCUGUGAUGACGGGGAUGAGGUUGUAGGACACAGAAGUCAAAAUGAUGUAUUCGUGACAACGGGCGCGAUGGAUCCAGUCCAAAACGAAUCCACCUCCACACCGCUUGCCAAAGAUAUCCCAACGGAGAGGAAGACAAGGGUGAAAAGGGAAAGAAGAAAAAUGCUGAAGAAAAAAUCCCCCGUCAUCGAUCAUUCACCAGCCUCUGAGGGCUCUGCUGCAUCAAAACAAGGACUCACAGAGUCCGAGUCGAGCCAGAAGAAGAUGAAGAGGAAGCUAGGGGACUGCGGAGCCCGUGUGGACAGCGAAGAGGAGAAGAAGACGAAGAAGCAGAAAGGGAGCCAGCGCCCAAACUACUUUGUCUCUAUCCCCAUCACCAACGCUCAGAUCAGUGCAGCUGUUGUUGAGGUCCAGGAGUCGGUGCUUCAACAGGAGCCCCGAUUGGUCAAAGCGAUGAUCCCUGCCCCCACUUUGCACAUGACCCUAUUGGUCACUCAUCUCGCCAGUCAAGAGCAAGUAAGCCUUGCAGCUACCGCGUUGGAUAAGGCCAUGCCCUCAUUGGCCGAGCUCCUGGUGGGGCGGGACUUGGUGCUGCCCUUCUCUGGGGUCGGUCACUUCAGAAAGGAGGUUGUGUUUGUAGGGCUGGCCCCGGGACAACACAGAGACACGCUGGAGAAGCUGGCAGAGGUUUUGCAGAGGUGUUUUGAGGAGCAGGGUCUCCUCCAGGGAGAGUGCCGUGGGUUUGAACCCCACCUAACUAUUAUGAAGCUUUCCAAGGCACCCAAACUACGCUCCCAGGGCCUAAAAAGAGUUAAUCCCGAUUUGUUCUCCAGCUAUACGGACAGGUUCUUUGGAGACCAGAGGGUUGACCGGCUGGAUCUCUGCUCCAUGUUGAAAAAGAAGCAGGAAGAUGGGUAUUACCACACCGAGAGCUCCCUCCAGUUAGUACAUGAGUAAGCCUUUUGCAUGCUGCUGUGUGGUGGCCAUGUCGUGCUGUGGCUGCUCCUCGGGCGCGGUGGUGGAGUUGACCCCGAUAAGCUCAAGGUCAACUGCGUUACGGAUGGCAGUCUACACCAGUGUCUUCCAUUGUGCUAUUUCGAGUCCUACAGUAAUUUAUUCAUACAGAGCACAUUCAUCUUCCGCAGAGGCCGGUGGUGGGGUGAGGCCCUUCCAUGCAAUUAAUAUUGAUCCACCUUAGCAAUUCAAGGUUGUUAAUUUUCGUGUGAAAAAUGAACACCGGAUAUGAUGUACAGACCGAUUAAUAUUGUCAUACUUAUUGUACGUAUAUAUACUUUUUCUUUUAUAUUUGUUAAAUAAUUACAAUGAACCGUAGAAACUAGAUUAUGCUUUUUUAAUACAUGUUUACAAGGGAAUGUAAAUAGCAUUCACAUUGUGUGUAUUCUACCCGUUUUGCCUCAUCUGCUGGAACCUCAAACUGUGUUGUUUUGGGCCCAACAGUCUUUGUGUAUCCAAAGUCAAUAUCCAAACUCAUCCACGGAAUGAUCUUUGAAAAUGGCCUCAAGUGUAACAAUGUUGCUUAAUAGUGUGUGUGUGUGUGUGUGUGUGUGUGUGUGUUUGAGCAUACUGAGCGUACUGUUUGUAACUGCAGCUGUGAGUGAAUUACGGUGCUUGUGGCUCAACUGUCUUCAGUUACAGCCGAGUUGCAGAAAUGCAAAACCGUUGUUUAUUUUGGCAUGUGUAAACGAGCAUAUCCCUUUUCCUUGGAACUCAUUCUUCCCUUUUUAAAGAGAACCGUAUGCUUUUCCCUUGUGUACAAACACGGACCGCUUAUAUAUUUAUACACUUUUACAUUUGAAUGAACUACACGUCUCUCUCUCUCACGUCGUAAAGGUCACAAGGGAUGAAACGACCUCUAAAGAAGAGGCUGACGACAAAGUGCGUUGUGAUUCACUAACGGAGCAUAUAGGGAUUAGUUAAUGCUGAAAUCCUUUCAGCUGUUGGCAACCAAACUUUGAAAGCCUUAAGUAAAGCGUGCUUGCCAUGCAUUUCAACACUUCCCACCUGCUUUGUCUCCAAGGCGAGGGGAUAUAAACCCGGCAGCCUUUUUACCCCUUCCCCUUCCCCUUACCCCUCCCCCUUGUUUUGAUGGGGUAAGGGGAAGGGGUAAGGGGAAGGCGUAAGGGGUAGAAAUGGGAUUGGGCCUUAAUGUCAAUGGUCCCAAUAGCUGUGUUACUAAAGGUGGAAAAUUACUUCUUAAAACCAACAUAAAUCAACCAGACCAGCCGUGUAAUUAUCCAACCUAUCAUCGAAUCACCAAAUCGUGCAAUUGUUUGGUCGACAUUUGAAUUUAUUUAUGGGUCAAAAAAAAAAUGAUAUGGUAGUUUCAUCCACAUUUCUAGGAUUUGUAUUUCCUUCUGUAUUCUGCUUGUUUCAUAAGGAGUUGAACCUGCGGUGAACACCUGUAAAUGAUUGUUUAUGACUGCAGCGUACAGAAUCUCUGCAUCAUUCUGGCUUAUCUGGCUCAGGCUAGUGCAGCGCAGCAUUCAUUAGGCUAAUUACACUGACCAGGCUUGUUGGCUCGGCCACUGGUGUGUGUGUGUGUGUGACUGACUGACUGACUGACUGACUGACUGACUGACUGACGGUCAGCUGCUAGUGGCAACUGUAGCUGAGGUCUCAAAAAGGUGUGAGGAAGGACCAGAUUUUUAUUCUCAGUGAUCCCACGCUCAGUUACACGGAAAAUCAAUGAGUGUGACCUGAUCGAUCGUACUCAACAGGGGGCUGCGGAGAGAAGGAGAGGUUGAGAAGAAGAAGAGGAGGAAUAGAGGAGAGAAGGGGGGAGAAAGAGAUGGGUAUUCACACAGAGGAGAAGAUAAAAGGAGAGGGACUGGGACCAAUGGAAAAAGAGGAAGAGGAGACUGACGGGGAAAGGUGAGGAGGUAAACCACGACUAUGCUCUCGUCUGUGGAGAACCUGGACGAUUCUGGGCCUGGGGUGGAGAAUAGCUUUUGCUUUAAUUGAUGUUGCUCUGCACAGUCUUAAAGCAAUACAGAUGUCGAUGGAGUUCAAGAUCAUGGGAGAUUGAAGUGGACAUGUUUUCCUCCUUCCUUGUUUUGUGACGGUGUGCAGUGCAGGAUUUGUGUUAGCGAGUGAAUUUUGAUUUGUGCUAACCGUCACAUGGCAAUAGCUAUUAUUUUAAUGCUCCAACAAAUUCCACCAGAGUUGAAUACAUUUACAAAUGUAUGAAUAAUAUACAAUUAUUUUCCUCCAUCCAGACCAAGUGACACUUUUGAUCCCACACAUUACAAUUACAUUAUAAGCCAUGUGAAGAGCACAUACGUUUCACACACACACACACACACACACACACACACACACACACACACACACACACACACACACACACACACACACACACACACACACACACACACACACACACACACACACACACACACACACAGCCUUCCGCCUCUAUUCAACCCUCCCCUUUCCCCCUUCACACGCUCAGCUGCCCUCAUACACACUCCUUUUUUUAUUUUUUAUCUAACACACACGCGAGCAUGCAUCUCUCUUCCACCAGCCCCCAUACACACACACACACACACACACUUUCUCUCUUUCACACAUGCGUGCUCAUCCUUGCACGUGCACACUAGCACACACACACACCCCCUCUCUCUUCUCUCUCUCCCCUCCCUUUUAGUCUCUCUCUCUCUCCCUCGCUCCCCCUCCCUCCCUCCCUGUGUGUCUGUGUAAAGUGGAGCAGGAACGGAGUCACUCGCUCUGUCUCGCUCUCUCUCCCUUUCGUUCAUUUGUUCCCUGGCUCCGACUGGGAGCGCCGUUGCGUUGCAGAGUGGUAGAAGACACAUUGUGUGCUCUGAUCCGUCGUCUGUCCUUUAAGGCACAGCGAAGGGGCGCGAGGCAGUGGGGGAGACGCGCACACAGAGAGAGGGGGAGAGAAGGAGAGGGGGGCGAGCAAGGCAGCAAGUGACACGGGAGAGAGACGGUCAGAUUGGAGCUGCCCGUAACAUUGCGUCUGGCGGUCUAGCAAGGGGGGGGAAGAUCGAGAAAGGGGGAAAGAGGAGAGGAGAGGAGAGGAGGCGCCAUG